AUGAUUCACCUUAUUGAACAGCCACAAUUUCUUCAAGAACCACAAUCGUCUUUUAUAUUCGAAAAUCGUCCGAUUACAUUAACGUGUAAAGCAAUUCGUUCAAGACAAAUAUUUUUUCAUUGUGACAACAAAUGGGUACCGGAACAUGAACAUACAAAAUCAACAGAACAAAAUGAUAAAGGUACAGUUAUUAUAACAUCAAUUAAUAUUACUAGUUAUCCGUCAGAAUCUCAUAUUGGUCCUGAUGGAUUUAAAUGUUGGUGUCAAGCAUGGUCAGCCACAGGUGGUACAGCGAAAAGUCGUCCAGCUACAAUUGAGAUUGCUUAUCUUGAUCCAAAUUUCGAUUGGGAACCAUUGAGAACGGACGCUGUUUUGGGUAAAAGCACUGAAUUACGCUGUCGACCACCGAUCGGUAAUCCUUAUCCUAAAGUAAGCUGGUUGAAGGAUGGCCAAUCUGUCGAAAUCAAUCGCAGUGGCCGUUUUAUUCUCUCAGGCGAAAAUUCUUUAUUAAUUGGACAAGUGAAACAAUCUGAUUCCGGAAACUAUACAUGCGUAGCUGAAAAUAUAGCUGGAAAAUAUUCUAGUGAGCCAGCCGAAUUAAUAAUACAUGAUGAUCUUGGCUGGUCGGAUUGGCUACCAUUUUCAGAAUGUAAAGGCAUUCCUUGCGGAAGUGGACGACAGCGACGCAUCCGAACAUGUUUGAAUCCACCAACAAUCACAAAUCGUCCAAGUUGUGACGGUGAUCAAAUACAGGAGCGAGAAUGUCUAGUGGCAUGCCCAAGUUCAUCAUCUCAAUUACCGGAACAAGCCGUUCAUCAAGGCAUUGUUAAAACUGAUGAAGAAUUUUCUGAUUGGUUCUCAUGGUCUGAAUGUAAAGGUAAUGCGUGUAAUAUGGGACAUCAACAACGAAUUCGAGUCUGUCUUAAACUGAACACAAAAGCCUGUGAUGGAGAACGAGUUCAAGAACGAGAAUGUUUCGUACCAUGUUCAACAAAUUCAUCUGAUCAAAUUUUGUCUGCAAGACAACAACGUCCGAUCAACACUCAAUCCUUACUAUCUCGCUCCUCGUCAAAUUGGACUGCAUGGUCAUUAUGUAACAGUGAUUGUCAAAUGAUUCGAACACGUCAAUGUUCUAAUCAACAAUGUGUAAAUAGUUUAGAAACAAAACCUUGUAAAGGAAAUCUAUGUCCAAGUAUUCCAAUAUUAUCAUCGAAAGCCUUGAACAUUAUUUUAUAUUCAUCAGCCGGUGUUGGAUGUGUGAUAUUGUUGAUACUUUUACAAAGUUAUCGUGAGGAGGUGCAUCACCAAAAGCUAAUUAUCAACCGAAACUUCAUUCAUAUCUACGAAAAUAGGGAACCUCGACUGGAAGUGAUAUUUGCCAAUUUGGUCAUCUAUUUCGUAUUUCUUGUAGCCCUCCCCGAUUGUAUAACUAGUAAAACAACAAAUGAUCAAGUAACUCGUGAUGAGUAUCCAUUUUAUUAUUCAAUUCAGCAAGACACCACAUCUACACGCUCAUGUGCAUCACAAAACGCUUCACUAACUCAUUCGGAAUCAAUUGAAAAAGAAAAAUUAUUGUUAAAUUUAAAUGAAUCAUCAUCGUCACCAGGCAGCAAUUUACAUCAUCAACUCUAUGCACAUCAUAAACAACACCAACAACAACAUUUACUAAAUCAAAAUAACAAUAAUAACACGAUAAAUACUAGUACAAGCGUAACAGCAAAUGGGUCGAGUAUCAUAUCAGGUGGUGGACCAUUUCAUCUACUGAACUAUUGUGGAUUUCAACCAAAAUUUCAUCAACGAAGUAUCCAGAAUAACGACUAUUCUCAUACAUCUACCGAUACAACUUCUCGAUCAACACCAAGUUCAAUAUUAAAUUCAGUUUAUGAAAAAAUUUUACAGUCGUUACCACAACAUACUGAUUUAAGAUAUUUUGCUGUGUCCGUGUUAAAUAGUAAAGGAUGUAAAGUUCAAAUAGCGAAUACAGGCGUUUGUUUGGUAAUACCGGAACAAGCGGUAUUAGACGAUGAAGAAUAUCUCAUAUUUAUUGCCAUAUUGACUGAUGAUAUGCAAAUGCCUCAACUCAGUGAAGGUGAAUCACGUUUAUCACCAGUUGUUUUAAUUGGACCAUCUGAGAUCACACUGUUGAAACCAGCUGUUUUGUCAUUUGAACAUACAGCACUGUUAGACGAUAAUACGUGGCAAUUAAGUUUGAUGAGUGGGGAGUUUAACGAUACGACAAACAUUUUGUGGAGGUUAGAAUCUAUGGGUGCUUAUACUCUGGUCGGUGAGUCGUUACCUAACAAACAUGCCUCAAAAUACAUCCAAAUGGUAACAUUCUACAAUCGUUCAUUGAACGACAUUCAACAAGUCAUAUCAACAUUAAGAUUAAGAUUUAUUGAUAAUACAUCAGAUGCUUUGGAGCGUUGUUUAUCGGAAGAAACAUCCAUGCAAAGUUUUCUAUGUGAGCAACCAAAACUUUUUCUACUACAAGACAGUUUUGAUCAAAUAUGUGUUAAUGUCGAUAUGGAAUUGUCAAUUUCAUCUCGAAUUAAUAUGGGCUAUAAAGAAAUACCCUUAGAAAUGUUUUGGUCUAAUCAUAUUGAUCGUGCAUGCUUCAUAUUUGUUAUACCCGGUAUUCACCCUCCUAACAUUGAACAUAUAGCAAUACAUAUCGAUAUUUACCAACCUCAUAUACUGCCCAACGCCCUACACACGAGAAUUUGUAUUAAUACUAUGAAUCUCCAUCAGAAUUCACCAUUAGAAAAAUAUAACACGUCAACGGUAAGAAGCCAUUAUCUCAAACAAACUCAAACAUCGACUGACGGAGUAUUCAGAUUACCACAAACCAUGCGACAAAAGUUAUGUGAGGUACUUGAUCCACCAAAUUUGCAUGGAAAUGAUUGGAGGAUGUUUGCUCAACGUCUCCAUGUCGAUCAUUAUUUACACUAUUUUGCUACCAAAGUCAGUCCUACUGAACAUCUGCUGACGUUGUGGGAAGCUCGUCACAGUCAAGAUCCACUAACAGACAUAAUUAAUUUAUUAAAUCAAAUGGGUCGAUCAGAUGCAGCUAAAAUCAUUAUAAGUGGAAUGAAUAUUGGCAACUAA